AGCAGCCAGAGGGACGAGGGGUCUUGCAGGCACUGGCGCGUUCCGGGCCCGGCACGCGCAGCACUCAUCCCCGCGGAGCCACUGCCUCGACCAAGGGUCAAAUUCCGGGACUCUGCGGGCAGGCAGGUCUGACUCCAGUCCGGGAGAGAAGCGAUCUGCCUGCGACCGCUUCCGGGAGCAGCCGGGGGCCGUCUCGGUUGAGAUGGAACGUGUGCUGCUGUCCGGGAGCCUGCUCUCGGCGUACCUCAACCGUGCCCCUUGCAAGAACUCUCUCCCUUGGGGUCACCCGCCCCACCCUCAGGUCCGAGGAAGCGCAGGGGUGUCCGACGGGAGUGAAGUGGCCAAGGCCCAGAAAGCAGCUCCUGGAGGAGCAUCGCCAACCAUCUUCUCCCGGAUUUUGGACCGGAGUCUCCCAGCUGACAUUCUAUAUGAAGAUCAGCAGUGCCUUGUGUUCCGUGACGUAGCUCCUCAGGCUCCUGUGCACUUUCUGGUCAUUCCUAGGAAGCCCAUUCCUCGAAUUAGCCAGGCUGAAGAGGACGACCAGCAGCUUCUAGGACACUUACUCCUUGUGGCCAAGAAGAUAGCACAGGCCCAGGGUCUGAAAGAUGGGUAUCGGCUUGUGGUUAAUGAUGGCAAGAUGGGCGCACAGUCUGUGUAUCACCUGCACAUUCACGUACUUGGAGGCCGACAGCUGCAGUGGCCACCUGGCUAAACCUGCCAGCUGGCCAAGGACCACAGGCCUGGAUGCUUGGAUGGAGAAUGGGAUAAAGGAAUCCUGUGGUGUUAAUAAACUUAUUCUCCCUCAA